CGUAAGUUUCCUAGAACUGGUCCUCUUCUUUUAAUUUCCUUCUCCGAGAAACAAUUGAAAUUUACUCUCUCACAAUUCUCGAACCCGAAUUGCGCCUUCUCCGCUCCCCUUUGCUCUGUCAAGAUCAAAAAUCACUCUCAUCGAAAAAUCUGGGAAGUUUUGCUUCAUAACUCGCUGAUGGGUUACAAAAUCGUUUAUCAAUCUCUCACGGAAUUAUUCCCACAGAUUGAUGCAAGGCUUUUAAAAGCUGUUGCUAUUGAGCACCCAAAGGACGCUGAUGAAGCUGCAGCUGUGGUUAUCUCAGAGAUUGUUCCCAAGUUUUACCCAAAUUUGGCUGAUAAUUCUACACAACUUGGCAACAAAGGUGCAUUGACUGGUUCAGAGGGUGCUUCUUCUUCAGGAACUAUCCCUCUGCCUCUCGAUAGUGACCAUGAAACAAGGGCGCAGCCAAUCUCUGAGUUGCUUUCUAAUGGGAACGAGUCGACAAAUGGUGAUCUUGAUAUACAGAGCAAGGCAAUGAUCGGGUUGAGCGGAUCGGAUGAGUCUAGAGUGGUUUCCUCAAAUCCCCCUGCCUCCGCUCAGGCGGGAACCAUAUUGACUAGCGAUGGGUGGCAAGGUGUUGAUUUUCACAGUACAGGUGACCAAGCAGAGUCAAGCACAAGUGCAGUUUCAGGAGAUGUUGUGCAUAAGCUGGUUUAUCCUGCACAAGACAAUUCAACAACUACACAGAAACCUUCUCAUUUUCAGUUUGGAUUUGGGAGUUUAGAUGAUGUGAAAGAGGCGUCAGGUGGUUCAUUGGCUGGUGAAAACAGUGAUGCAGAGUUGAGUGGCUCAAAUCUCGUGGACGAGGCAUCAAAGGGUUCCUUGGCUGUUGAAAACGAUGAUCCAGAGCUGAGUGGUGCGUUUAGCUCUGUUGUUAGCAGAUCAUCCCAGGGAUGCAACAUUGAUCACCUUGAACAGAUCAUUGAAGAUGCCAAAAGUAACAAGAGAACCUUGUUCACUGUGAUGGAAUCGAUUAUGAAUCUGAUGAGAGAGGUUGAACUUCAAGAGAAGGAUGCAGAGAAGGCGAAGGAAGAUGCUAUUAGAGGAGGCUUCGAGGCCCUUAACAAGGUUGAGGAUCUGAAGAAGAUUCUCAAACAUGCGAAAGAGGGAAAUGACAUGGAUGCUGGAGAAGUUUACGGGGAGAGGUCUAUCUUGACCACUGAAGUACAUGAGCUUGAAAAUCGCUUGGUCAGCCUAUCAGAAGAGCGAGACAAGUCUCUUUCUGUUCUUGAUGAGAUGCGGGGAACUCUCGAAAUGAGACUAGCGGCAGCGCUGGAGAUUAAAAAUGCCGCUGAGCAAGAAAAGCAAGAAAAAUAUGGUUGUGCAAAGAAGGCACUCGCUGAACAAGAAGCGAUCAUGGAAAAAGUUGUCCAAGAAUCAAAGCUUCUGGAGAAAGAGGCAGAGGAAAAUUCCAAGCUGCGAGAGUUCCUUGUGGAUAGUGGUCGGAUUGUUGAUUCCUUACAAGGAGAAAUCUCAGUGAUAUGUCAAGACAUCCGACUCUUGAAAGAGAAAUUCGACAACCGAGUGCCGUUGAGCCAAUCAAUCACCUCAAGCCAGACUAGUUGUAAACUGGCUUCUUCUGGGUCGUCCAUGAAGAGCUUCUUGCUUGAUAAGCCUCUUGAGCUAUCUUAUGAAACACCUGAAGCCUCAGGCAACAACGAGAGCCCAAAAGCUUUGUUCAACGAGGAGGGAAAAGACAAGAGCUCCAAAGCUUCGGUUAGCGAGGGAAAAGACGAUCGUAAGGAGCUCCUGGAAGAUGGGUGGGACUUCUUUGACAAAGAGACAGAACUCUAAGUAAGUGUCUUCUGUAUAAGAAAGAUCUUUAUAGAUAAUAAAACUGGUGUUUGAAUAAAAGAGAUCUGAACGGGCUUUUGGGUUCUGCGUUUAUUCUACUACUCUACAACUUUGUGGAUCAAAUUUUGGAACUUUGAGCGAAUCUGCGAACUAAAACAUCUUUUGAGCUUUUGUUCUCUUCUUUCCCUCGCUGUACAGUCUACUCUUUUUGUAUUCAGUUUAUUUGACUCAUGAUGGAAGUGACAAACAAUUCCAAAAGUUUUGCUAGCUGAGAAUAGAUCUACUGAUAUUCUUGAAAUUUUGGACAAAAGUUGGAGUAAUAUCAUCGCAUUUUUCAUUCACGAGUAAGGCGCUAUGUCACGCCGGUAAAGAACAAAUAAUAGAGCUCGUAAAAGAAAACAGAAAAAAUGAAUUCUAAAAUUCGAGGGAGAAGAAUAAAAUUCGGAGAAUCGGAGGAGAAAGAUCGAGUGAGAGAUAUGGUUGGAGAAGGAGAAGAAUGAGAAUGGAUUGUUGUAAGGUCUUGCUCCCCGCCACAUCAUCUUCUUCUUCCUCAAGACCGUUGGUUGAUUCAGAGAUGAGGUUCACAGAAAGUUUCAAACCUAAUAUUUUUAUGGCGCAAUUCUCUCUCCCAGUCUCUCCUAUUUUCCAGCAUUUGGAAACAUCUGGUGAAAAAAUUGCGUAAAAGUAAGAGAUGGCUUCUGUACAAGACAUUGGUCUUUCUGCAGCUAUAAACCUCUUGUCUGCGUUUGCUUUCCUCUUUGCCUUUGCUAUGCUGAGGCUUCAGCCAGUUAACGACAGAGUCUACUUCCCGAAAUGGUAUCUCAAAGGGAUACGAGGAAGCCCUACGCGUUCCAGAGGAAUCAUGAACAGAUUCGUUAACUUGGACUGGACCACUUAUGUCAAGUUCCUCAACUGGAUGCCUGCAGCGCUCAAAAUGCCUGAACCUGAGCUCAUCGAACACGCAGGGCUUGACUCUGCUGUAUAUAUCCGCAUUUACCUUCUCGGAUUGAAAAUGUUCGUCCCGAUAACACUACUUGCUUUUGGAGUCUUGGUUCCUGUUAAUUGGACAGGAGAAACGCUAGAUAAGAUCGACGACUUGACAUUCAGUAACGUCGAUAAGCUCUCGAUAUCGAAUGUUCCACCAGGAUCGCCGAGGUUUUGGGCACAUUUAACUAUGACAUACGUUUUCUCAAUCUGGACUUGUUACACGUUAUAUAUGGAAUACAAGACUGUGGCUACUAUGAGAUUGAGACAUCUUGCAUCUGAAACUCGCCGUCCUGAUCAACUCACGGUACUUGUAAGAAAUGUUCCUCCAGAUCCUGAUGAAUCAGUUAACGAGCAUGUUGAGCACUUCUUUUGUGUAAACCAUCCAGAUCAUUAUCUUUGUCAUCAGGUAGUGUACAACGCAAAUGAGCUUGCAAAACUAGUCGCACAGAGAAAAGCUGUGCAAAAUUGGCUGACUUACUACGAGAAUAAAUACGAGAGGAAUCCAUCAAAUAGGCCAACGACAAAGACAGGUUAUGGAGGCUUUUGGGGAACUACAGUCGAUGCAAUUGACUUCUACACUUCCAAGAUCGAGAAUCUAGCCGAGAAUGAAGCUGUAGAAAGAGAGAAGAUCAUGAACGACCCAAAGUCUAUAGUUCCGGCAGCAUUUGUCUCCUUCAAAUCACGGUGGGGAACAGCUGUUUGUGCUCAGACGCAGCAAUGCCAUAACCCCACUAUAUGGUUGACUGAAUGGGCUCCUGAACCACGCGAUGUUUUCUGGGACAAUCUCGCUGUUCCAUAUGUUGAGCUCUCAAUAAGAAGGCUGCUCACAACAAUAGCACUCUUCUUUCUUAUUUUCUGCUUCAUGAUUCCUAUAGCAUUCGUUCAGUCUCUCGCCAACCUCGAAGGGAUCCAAAAAGUUCUACCUUUCUUGAAACCCCUAAUAGACAUGAAGACUGUGAAGUCUGUAAUCCAAGGAUUUCUUCCAGGAAUAGCCUUGAAGAUCUUUCUCAUCGUACUUCCAACGAUUCUCAUGACUAUGUCCCAAAUUGAAGGAUAUACAUCACUUUCUUAUUUAGACAGAAGAUCAGCGGAGAAGUAUUUCUGGUUCAUUAUCGUCAAUGUCUUUCUUGGAAGCAUCAUCACAGGGACAGCGUUUCAGCAGCUUAAAUCUUUCCUCGAGCAACCACCAACUGAGAUCCCAAAAACAGUUGGUGUUUCAAUCCCAAUGAAAGCCACAUUUUUCAUCACUUAUAUCAUGGUCGAUGGUUGGGCUGGCAUUGCAGCCGAGAUACUCAGACUGGUUCCGUUGGUCGUUUUUCAUCUGAAGAACGCUUUCUUGGUCAAGACUGAGCAAGACAGACAGCAAGCAAUGGAUCCAGGUCAUCUGGACUUUGCAACAUCUGAGCCUCGGAUCCAGUUCUAUUUCUUGCUGGGCCUUGUAUACGCUGCUGUUACCCCCAUUCUUCUUCCCUUCAUCAUCGUCUUCUUUGCCUUCUCCUAUGUUGUUUUCCGGCACCAGGUUAUAAAUGUCUACGAUCAGAAAUAUGAGAGUGGUGCUAGAUACUGGCCAGACGUGCAUAGGAGAUUGAUCAUAUGCCUAAUAAUAUCACAGCUUCUGAUGAUGGGUUUGCUCAGCACGAAGAAACUUGCGAAAGCAACAGUUCUGCUUCUCCCUCAGCCUAUUUUGACCAUCUGGUUUGAUAGAUACUGCGCAGGACGAUUUGAAUCAGCCUUCUCGAGAUUCCCCUUACAGGAAGCAAUGGUGAAGGACACACUAGAAAAAGCGACUGAACCGAAUCUAAACCUCAAGGAGUAUCUGAGAGAUGCUUACGUGCAUCCGGUUUUCAAAGGCAAAGACUUUGACCGACCACGAGUAGUCGAUGAGGAAGAAAGCAAUCCUCUUGUACCGACCAAGAGGACUUCUCAAGGUACCACCCGAUACAACUCAGAAGCUAGCAGCUCUGCUACAGACACUUCUGUAGCCAACAAGCACAGUGGCUCUCCCAGGCUAAUGUAGCGCUCUGUUUUGUCUCUUGUUUGCUGUUCAUACAACUUUUGUUUGAUGAUGUUAGAAAAGAUAGAAGCUUCGUUGUUGUAGUAUGUUUGGGGGGAAAAAAAAGCUUGGUCAUUUUGAUAUGUAAUGUAAUUGUUGUUCCAUACAUUGAUCAAACUCUCAAAAGACUUUUGCUUGUUGUGUGUAUUUCGUCAGCUUUCUCAAAGA